UUUACGGACCAGAGUGAUCUACAUUUACUGCACAUAACGAAAUGGUCGUUUCUCCCUCCAUAAUGUUUUACAGUUCAUUAUGCCUGUAAACCGAUAUAAAACGUUACGGUUUAGUUUGAUUCUUGAUAUCACCGCUUGUAGACGCAGCAGAAAGACCGCGCCGUCCCGCCCGGAAUAACCUCAUAGAAUAACUACUUAACGUAUAAUUAUUCUAUUAACACUGCAACCUUCACAUUGGUAAAGCCUCCGUUUGUUUUAACAGUAAUGUUUGCUCAGGAAAGCUGGGUAUUUCUCCUGCUCGCCGCUUGGUUCAUAGUAAUACCAGCAAGCGGGACGCGAUACCAAGCGAACUGGGAGAGUUUGGACGCAAGACCGCUUCCUACGUGGUACGAUGAAGCCAAGUUCGGGAUUUUCGUCCACUGGGGGGUGUUCUCCGUCCCCGGGUUCGAGAGCGAGUGGUUCUGGUGGAAUUGGCAAGGCCAAAACCCACCUGAUCAGAAGUGUGUUCAGUACAUGCUGGAUAACUACCCGCCCGGGUUCAGCUAUCCAGAUUUCGCGCCCCAGUUCCAUGCCCAGUUCUUUGACCCGGAUGACUGGGCUGACAUAUUCGAGGCUUCCGGUGCAAAGUAUGUGGUUCUGACAGCGAAGCACCAUGAAGGAUUCACCACCUGGCCCUCUUCCUACUCCUGGAAUUGGAACUCUGUGGACACUGGACCACACAGAGACCUGGUGGGAGACCUGGCAGAGGCUGUACGCAACAGGUCGCUGCACUAUGGACUCUAUAACUCCCUGUAUGAAUGGUUCAACCCCCUCUACCUGGCGGACAGAAAGAACAACUUCACAACACAGGACUUUGUCUUGAAAAAACUGCUGCCUGAGCUUUAUGACAUGGUCCUAAGCUACAAGCCAGAACUGAUCUGGUCCGAUGGGGAUUGGGAAGCUCCUGAUACCUACUGGAACUCAACAGAAUUCCUGGCCUGGCUCUACAACGACAGUCCCGUUAAAGACGUGAUUGUGACCAAUGACAGGUGGGGGGCGGGGUGUUACUGUAAACACGGUGGCUACUAUAACUGUGCAGACAAAUACACCCCUGUGGAGCUGCCCAAACACAAGUGGGAGAAGUGUCAGUCUGUAGACACACAGUCCUGGGGUUACCGCAGGACCAUGAGGCUCUCUGAACUGAUGGACCUGCCCAGUAUCGUACAGGACCUGGUCCAAACCGUGGCCAUGGGGGGUAACUAUCUGCUGAAUGUGGGUCCUACCCCUGACGGGAUGAUCCCACCAGUGUUUGAGGAGAGGUUGAGGGGCAUUGGGGCCUGGCUGGAGGUCAACGGAGAGGCCAUCUACUCCUCCAAACCCUGGAGGAUCCAGACCGAGAAUGCCACCGUGCCUGUCUGGUACACCUCCAAUUCCAAAUACUCCAGUGUGUAUGCUGUCUUCAUGACGAAACCCUCUGUGUACACAUUCCACCUGUCUGAACCUAUUACAGCAGAGAGCACCACGGUGACAUUAUUGGGGAACCCAGAGCCUCUGAGAUGGGCUCCUCUCCACCCCCGGGGUCUGAUCAUCCUCCUCCCUGAGUUACCCCAAACCCCGGCCCAGGCCUGGAUCCUCAAACUGGAUGGGGUCAAGUGAUCUGGGGCGGUAACCAUCCUCCUGAAUAGGCCUUUAGCUACUGGUGAGCAGUAAAGGUACUCCACAAGACUGGUUGGAAUGAAAAUUAAUACAUUUGCAUUUUUUUAAAUGUUGGAAGAUUUUUUUGAAUGACCCAGAAUGACCUAGAAUUACCCAGAAUGACCUAAAAUGACCCAGAUGUGUGAUGUGAUAUUAGUUUGACUAAAUUUGCUUGGGAUUUAGAAGUGUAAUUGGCGCCAUGUUGGCACCAGAUUUCAAUGAUAGAAUAUAAUUUUAUGAUACGUUUGGGGCGGCAGGUAGCCUAGUGGUUAGAGCAUUGGUCGAAUCCCCGAGCUGACAAGGUAAAAAUCUAUCGUUCUGCCCCCUGAACAAGGCAGUUAACCCACUGUUCCCCAGUAGGCCGUCAUUGUUAAAUAAGAAUUUGUUCUUAACUGACUUGCCUCGUUUAAAUAAAGGUUACAUAACAAAAUAAAACAUUCUACGGGGAAAAACCAUUGUAAAGAAUUCAGAACCUAUGGGACAAGCUUUAUAGAUCAAACGAGUUGUCAAAGAGAAGGGAGAAAAUCUGCCUAUUUUUCCUGUGAUUUGUAUUUUGUUUCUACACGCUUUUGUGUUUGUGUUAGACUCUGCUGUUUAUUGUCCUCCAGGUGAUUUGAAUGUUUUUAUUCAUUUGGACUGAAUCAUUCGGGAAAGUUUUCACCCCCUUUUCCCUUUUUCCACAUUUUGUUAUUCUAAAAUUGAUUAAAUACAUUUUUUUUUGUCAUCAAUCUACACACAAUACUCAAUAAUGACGAAGCGAAAAGAGGUUAUUAGACAUUUUCGCAAAUGUAUUAAAAUAAAAAAACAGAUACCUUA